UGAACCUGCUUGGGUUCCACAUAGUCAAUCGGGGCCUGCCUGUGCAUGGAAAAAAAUCCCAUCUCGAUUGGCCGGCCGGCUAGCUUGAUGCAACAUCCUGUGGGGAAGAUCCGCAGCAGACGCGCAAUGCCCUGCAGGUGGUGCGUUCCUCAUUGCCGCUACACGGGGCAGUUCCACAAGAGCAUCACCACAAUAAAGCCGACCCGGAGCGCUCCUGACUGCUAAAAACCUUUGCGCUCUAGUACCAGCAACACGCACCUCCACCGCCGCGUCUCUGCAUUUCAUCGGUCUUUUCCUGAAACCUCUUCGUUUAUUUUUGCAGUUGUCUCUGCUGCCACGUUUAUUUUGUUUUGCCUUCUGUCUUUUGGAUUACGCGUUGGCAUAUUUUACGUCGUUUUCCUGCGUCUACCUUCAACAAAACGAUUCGAUAAAAAGAUAAAAGUACGCUGGCUCUAUCGGGAAUUGUACGUAGCCUCCUGUAUUCAUAACAGAAAUGGCUUCGUCCAUUGACUCGUUUUAAUUUUAUUGGAGAAGCAUACCAAGUACUGGAAUCACUGGACUUCUUUCUGUCAGUCCCGGUUUACACGGUCAUUUCGGUUUUGAUUUUUUUGGUUUUCUGGUUUAGCUGGUGUUUGUUUUGUAUGAAGUACAGCAACAACCUUAUAAGACUGUACGGGACCUUACAACAGGCAGGAAACUGAGAGUAUUCUUUCAGACUUUGUUGAAUUGUUUGCACUGGAUUUAGUGUAGAGGUCUUUUCGCCCGACUGCCAGUAUGGAUUUUCCGUUGGCAUUUUUCUUUUGCUUCCUUGCUAUUCCUGUUUUUGGGGACAACACCAGCAGCAAACCACGGAGUUGCUCGGAUGUCAGGCAGUUCUACAGCGGCAAAGGCUUCAGCCUUAGCGGGGUCCCACAGACUGAAAUAUCUGGUGAGCAUCUGCGGGUGUGCGCUCAGGGCUACACCUGCUGCACCAGCGAGAUGGAGGACAGCCUGGCCAGCCUGAGCAAGCGGGAGUUUGAGGGGCUGGUUAAGGAGGCCGGCCGCUCCCUCCAGUCCUCUCUCAACGGCCAAUACAAGAACUUUGAUGGCUAUUUCCUGGAGCUGCUGAACGGAUCAGAGCGUUCCCUGCAGGAGUCCUUCCUCACCAUCUACAGGGCGCUGUACUCGCAGAACGCCCACGUCUUCCAGGACCUGUACGACGAGCUGCGGCGCUACCACCGCGGUGCCAGUGUCAACCUGGAGGAGGCGCUCAAUGACUUCUGGGCGCGGCUGCUGGAGCGGCUCUUCAAGGCCUACAACCCACAGUACGCCAUCGGCGACGAGUACCUGGAGUGCGUGGCCAAGCAGACGGAGACGCUGCGGCCCUUCGGCGACGUGCCACGUGACCUGAAGCUGAAGGCCACCCGCGCCCUCAUCGCCGCCCGCUCCUUCGUUCAGGGCCUGACGGUGGCCGGCGAGGUCGUGCGCAAGGUCUCCCAGGUGCCCCUCAGUCCCGAGUGUGUCCGAGCCAUUAUGAAGCUGAUGUACUGCCCGCACUGCCGCAUGAUGUCCUCCAUCAAGCCCUGCACCAACUACUGCCGGAACGUGAUGAAGGGCUGUCUGGCCAACCAGGCCGACCUGGACACCGAGUGGCAGAACCUGGUCGACGCCCUGCUGCAGGUGACGAGCCGCUUCACCGGGGACUCCAGCGUGGACAUGGUCAUUUACUCCAUCCCCCUGCGCAUCUCUGAGGCCAUGCUCGCCAUGCAGGAGAACAUCGAGGUCUUCAACAGCAAGGUGUUCCAGGCAUGUGGGACCCCCCGGCUGGCUGAGACCCGGUCCGAGGAGCAGAGGAGGCAGGCGAACGCGGGCGCGGAGUCAAAUACCCCCCUCCCUCCCAGCGUCAAGCUGGAGAAACUGGUCUCCGACGUGACAAGCAAGCUGAGGGAGAUGCAGCAGUACUGGGUCCAGCUGCCGAACGCGCUCUGCAAUGACAGAGUGACAGCUGGAAUGGCCAAUGAGGACAAGUGCUGGAAUGGAAUGGGCAGGGCCAGGUACCUUCCUGAGGUCAUGGGAGAUGGCCUGGCCAGUCAGAUCAAUAACCCUGAGGUGGAGAUCGACAUCACCAAGCCAGACAUGACCAUCCGCCAGCAGAUCAUGCAGCUCAAGAUCAUGACCAACCGCCUCAAGAACGCCUUCAAUGGCAAUGAUGUGGACUUCCAGGAUGCCACGGAUGAUGUGAGCGGUUCGGGAAGCGGGAUGUGCUCGGACGAGGUGUGUGCUCGGAGCCCCCGAGUCAUCGUGCCCAACACGGACCGGCCCAAGCUGUAUGCCUACCCCGCCAAGAACAAGAAAGUGCUGUCCACAGGGAGCCAGAUCCACCCUUGCUUUGCCCUCCUUCUGCUCUCAUUGGCCACUCUAUCGCUGUGGCGAUAAUUGAUGGGCCAAGCCACCAAUCAGGACUGACAUUUUGGGAUAAUUUUUUUUUUGGGGGGGGGGGCGGGGGGGGGCAGGGAAUAAAAAGAAAAAGAAUGGGUGGUCUAGUAACUUCGCCAAAAAAAAGAUGAACAUUAAUGACUUGACUACCUUUUACCCUUGAGAAGAAGAAAAAAAUUUGAAAAAAGUACUAGUUUUGUUUUGUUUUUUUGUUUUUUUAAUAUAUGGUAAGCUUUAGAGCUGGUCUUUGGCAUAUUUUUUUCUGGUGUUUGGGUUCUUUGAAAUGUCUGUACUUAAACAGAAAAAGAAAAGUGUAUAGACAGUACAUAUAUGGAAGUUUUGUGUCAUCACAGUGAAGGAUGGCUUCACUCAUAACAUCUAAUAUUGUUGCUGUGGCAUCUCAGUGAAGCGAUAACAUUAAUAUGACAGAGUGCUGUUGUUGGAAGAUUGUGACUAAGUUGGGUUUGUAGUAGUGCUGAGUAGGGGUGGGAAUCAUCAUGGACCUCACGAUUCAAUAUUAUCCCAAUACUUGGGUCACGAUAUGAUAUUAUUGCGAUUCUUUGUGUUUUUGCAAUUGAGUAUUGCCAUACAAUUGCUAUUUUAUUUUUAUUCAUUUGUUUUCCAUUUGACUACAGUAAAACGUUGAAAUCAUAUGCCUAAGGAGAAAAUUAUGCCAAAACCCAUUGCACCCCAUAAUCAAAAUCAUUGCAUCAGUUAAUUUCAGUUAAAAUCUUUACUUGUGCAGCUGAGCACAAUGAACACAUAGCAUCCUGUAAGAAAAUAUUAAAGAACAUCGGGCCCCUUCAGCAGCUUCAAUACAAUUUAAUUAAUACAUUUAAGGAAAGAACUGAAAUGAAAUGGUGAGAUUCAUCCAAUCAUCAGCACCGCAAUGUCAGCAGUUUUAGAUGGGCAGCAGCUGUGUCAUCUGCAGUUUCAGAUGGCGCGUAUGGAACAUGUAUCAACACUUGUUUUUCAUUGAAUAUCUUAGUUACAUCAACACUGUGCUUGCUAAGCAGUUUGGUGUAAAUGUGUGCCAUAUUCGAUUUAGCGAGUGUCCAUGUUGUUUUCUGUGUUGUUAGGUUAUGUUGGCUCCCAUCUCAUCACAUAUGCGCUCAACUGAAUGAAGCCAGUUUUUCUACGGUGGCUAGCUAGUUAUCCGUGAUAGAAAACAUACUGUGAGACCCAUUUUACCCAAGUUGAGAUUGAAUUUUAAUAAGUUACACAAGUGAUGGCGAACCUAGCAUAGCACUGGCUUGCUACUUGACUAGAACGAGAGGGACUAGAAUGAGUCUGGUUGCUACUGUAGGUACUAUCUAUGGUUUGGGCUAUUUGCUGGAAUCAUGAUGUAAUGUUUUCUUUGUAUGGUAAACUAAUGUUUAUAAUGGGAUGGCAGUGGUUGUUUUCCAGGUAUUAGUCUGACCCAUAUGUGUUGCCAAGGAAACUGCACCUCUCCUGCCAGUUAGUGAGUGCCCUUGUCUUAAUUUUUUCUCAAGCGACCAUGGCAUGAACAGAAUUCACUGAGUCCACUACGAGGUGUGCAGUUAUAUGAUUUGAAUGCACUCCACAGAGGAUGGCUCUUCGCCUCUGCAUCCUGAAUUAACAUCACAUAAAAAAUAAUAUGCAUUUGAAAAUGCGUAUAUGUUUUGAUAGAUUAUUGAUACGUGGCGCCUCUGUAUCGAUGCCGUAUCACAGAAGAAAGUACCGCAAUACCGUGCUGUAUCAAUUUUUCACCCACCCCUAGCGCUGAGCCAGACAUUCUGUUUUUCUUUAAAUGGGCUUGCACAUUAUGUAUUUAUUAAACAGGAAAAAAGAGCAAUGUUGUGAUAAGGAGGGAAGGAAGGUAUAACUGAUAUGGCUGUUGUCUAAACAGGCCCUGGAAAUAUGCAUUAACAAUGCAUCAGUGAGCAGAAAUUUCAUUAAAUGUUUCACAGAUGAAAACUUAAGAGAACUUAAUAGUGUCAUUUAGUGUGAGGCCGCAGUCUGGGCCAGGCUUAAAAUGAUGAGCAGAGCGGUCUGUACACUGGCUCAGACGCAAAGAGAAGAAUAUGGCUGCUCGUACCGCAUGUCUAAUGCCACGUGUCCUGUCUCUGUGUGGGUAAACUUAUUUAGCCAUGGACAGAGAGUUUCUGUUUAGCACUACCUGCCAGUGAUAGUGGAAAAAAAUGGACAGAAGGAUGUAACUUUUCAUUGUUGUUGCUUUUUAAAUGAACUGUUAAGAUGUAGAUGGAAUACUGAGGUUUCUUUGCCCUCGGUGCAACCAAGACCAAUUCCAACCCAGAGUGAUGCAAGUUGAUAAGAGGCUGAUAAGAGGCUUCAGUGUGUGAUUUCAGACAUACAGUCAAGCCAAAACCCUACAUGAUAAAACCACUUUCAACAACUUUUAAAAGUGUACCUGCCUACAGUUUAUGCACCUGCCUACCUGCCUCGGUCUCGUACACAUCUUAGUGAACUUAUACCAUCUCGGAGACGGCGGAAUCGUGCCUGUUCUACCCUGAGGAAACGGCGGGGCGCUCCAGCUCGCACGUUACCCUCCCACGAUAUCGCUGUCACAGUGUAGCCACACGACGGCGUGGUGGUAACGUUAAGCAGAUGAUAAGAGAACAUUGUGGGAACGCUGUCACCACGGUCCUGCCAUUGAACCACGAGCCACAGGCGGGAAGACAUGGCGUAGGCUGAGUUUGACGGCUCGUGACCACGCAAAAAAAGCGUGAGUUUUAAAUUUGUUGAAGAGUUUUCUUUUUGGUUUUUUUUUGCAGUCUUUUGGUUUUGUGUUUCUGCCACAAAUCAAUGUGUCGAUGGACCUUGCCGGUCACUAUAGUGGUGUCCUGUGUGUGACCGACGAUGACGAGAUGACUAAUCACAAACACGAACCCAGGAAGGAGAAAAGGGGUAUAUCUGCGUGCGUGUGUGUAUUCAUAUGUAAGGCUCCUUAUUUGCACCAGCGGUUGAUUGAACCACUUGAUUUCCCAUGGCAUACGUUCCAAAGACAGAAAACAGGAGGUUAAUUCAGUAGUUGAAUGCCUCUGUUUCUCUCUCUCUCUUUCUUUCUCUCUCUCUUUGCAUAGGUCCCCCUUCUAUGCCCCCCUUGCCACCCCCGAUCAUUCAUCAUUACCAGGAUCAUGGUGAAACCCCACAGUUGUCAGGAUACCUGGUGCAAAUCCCCCUCAAGUCAAGUGGGCUCAGUGAUUUAUUCUACUUUUUUCCAUUCUUUUGGACAUUAAUGAGCCCCCCCUCACCCUCAUCCUAUUAUUGCAUAUGCCGACUGCAGCUCUUUAUGGAUGUGAUACAGGUAUCACCAGGUUUCUCUGGGUAUGUUUUUAAAUCCAUGAACAGCCAUUUUGUUUUGCACGUGGAGGUCAACCUGGGGGAAAUCAAUAUAGCAGAACAAGCCGGAGAUUCUGUGAUUGAUUUGGAUAUUGAGACGGACGGACUGAUCGUUAUGUAAACUAUUUUCUGGAACAAAAUAAAUAAAUAAAUACUAAUAUCAGGGGCCCUAAAUAUGAGACAACAGUGUCAAGUGUUGAGUGCGACUGGCAUACUGAAAAUGUGCCAAUUUUAGAAAACAUUUCUUUUUCUUUUUUAAACAAUUCACUUUCUAGGAUCUUUUUUCAUGGCUAUAGUAGAGCAACACUUGAAGCAGAAGAUGAAAUAUGUGUCAAUUUGCUGUUGUUUGUUCUUGGAUCAUUGUGUCGAUUAUAAACGUGAUGAGAUUUUGAAGAUGUUUGUGUAACACUCAUUCCAUCACUUUACACUGAUGGCGAACCCUCUGAGCAGGUCUUCUGCGUGUCCUUACGCACUGGCUGUGAAUCUAUGCACUAUUUUUAUCCCCAGCAUACCACAUUUCUGCUGCACCCUGACAGGGAGUAACAACACAGCACCAGAUCUCCCCAGUGAUCUGAUCAAGCACACCCUCAAAACUGGCUAAAGAAAACUCUGCACAUCAAGACCCAAUCUUCCAUUAUUCCAAAAUGGCCCACAUUCUCCAUUUUCUCGUGAGCGGUUUUGUGAAGACUUUACCGCAGCACAUUAUUACAACAGCUCUUCAAAAGCCACAAAACCCUGGAACACAGAGAGCCCACUUACAGUUAGUUGCAGUCAUAGUUACAGCCCAUACAGUGGGACAGGUGUUUCUUUGUGAAAAUCCCAUCAUCUUAAAAGACGUGAAGGAGUUUUUCUAUGGGGUUGACACCAUAAUCCCAGUGAGCUCUCAGCACUACACAAUACAGACACAUCAACAUUCUUUCAGAAACAGUAUCAUGUCAUGUGUCUUAUAGUCAAGUGCUGAGGUAUUCACAGCGUGUGCAGAAACUAAAUAUUCUGUCAGUGGACUGUAAACGGAAAAAAGAAGAUAUUUGACAUUUUGGAAUAGGAAUGCUGUGCACUCUGACAUAAUUAGGAAGAAUUUGACAAUUAGGAAGCCUUUGCUUGUGCUGGAUUGACCUCCAGCCGUCCUGAUCUUGUCAGAAUGCCUGGGAAUUAAUUCUGUCAAACUGCAAAAUGGCCAAUGAUGUCUCAAUGUACUUUGAAGAGAUGAGACACAAGGAAGGUGAGCUGAUGGUGUCAAAAAAUACAAGGGAGUUGAAGGUGAUUUAGAAUGCAUGAGAUGGCUGGGAAAAAAAACCAAUGGCCAUAGAAAACACAAGGAGGGAGAUAAAAGAGAUGGAAUGUCAGAACAGAAAAUAAACAGGUGAAUGAUUUCAGAAUAAAAGUGGGUGGAUGAUGAUGUCACAACGUGCAACAUUCAGUGCUAAAAAAAUCUUCCUCACACCUGUUUUCCAAAUGUUCCACCCUCCAGUCUGUUUAUCCGAACUGGGUCAUGAUUUUAACGGAUUUUCCGAUACAGAUGUGCCAGUCUGAAGAUUAACUGGUCACUUGUUUCAAUAUAUUUUAGGCUUUAUACAAAACAUACAAUAAGCCAGGUGUUUAUUGCGGUUGACAAAGUAACUACAGACACAGGACGUUAAAUUUUUUCCACUAGCAUUACACUGCAUUGCAAGCUUUCUCUCAGAUGAAGGCACACUAGGAAGAAUGGUGGGGAUGAAAUCUUCAGACUGAACUGCUGCAUGUUACUACCUGUACUAACCAACAGAGUGAAGGGCUGAAGAAUGAAAAGACUUGUCAUCUGUUCCGGCCACUCUUUCUCUCUCGCUGUCUCUCUUUCUCAAAGGACUGACACUCCUCUCUGACACUCCAGCACUGACGAUGGAGGUCAAGGAGACAGUGUCUAACAUUCGAAAAGAGCAGCAUGGGCUUUCAAGACCUGACAACCUCCCACAGUGACUUUCCUAUUGUUUGAUGUAAAUAAAUCUGUUUCUGAGUGAAGCUGUGACUCUGGGCUAAA